AUGUCCUACCGCCUGCCCUCGGGGCUGCGGCCGCACCCGCAGUCCAACAUCUGCGAGGGCUCCCUGUUCACGCGCCUGGCCCCCGGCCCUGGCCCCUGCGACCUGCAAGUUCACAUGGGCACCGUCUUCUUCGAGCCCGACGGCUUCUACCCGUCCGGAGAGGGCUUCACCCUCACGCCCACGCUGAUACACUCCGCGACGGCGGGCCGGCUCGAGCUGCGGAGCGGCGACCCCUUCGAGAAGCCUCGCAUCGUGGCCAACUACCUCCAGAGCGAGGUGGACCGCGCCCAGCUGCGUCGCGGGGUGCGCCUGGUGCGGGAGAUCGGGAGGGAGAUGCUGAGGCGGCUGGGCGGCGGCGAGGAGGUGUAUCCUGGACCAGCAGUUGUGUCAGAUGCAGAUAUCGACGAGUACGUCCAGAGAAAUGCAAACACGGUGUACCACCCAGCUUGUACUUGCAGGGCCGGGCCCGCGGGCGACCCGCUGGCGGUGCUGGACGCGUCGAUGCGCGUGCGGGGCGUCGCGGGGCUCCGCGUCGCGGACGCCUCGGCAAUGCCCGCGCACGUGGGGUGCAACACCCAGGCCACGUGUACUGCGCUCGGCGAGAAGGCCGCGGACCUCCUCAUCCAGGAGCACGGCGGCGCGGCGUAG